UCCGGGUUCCAGUAAACUGCUACUGAUUCUAACUCUUCUUUCUUUGACUAUUUUGAUAAUAUUUUUCUUUAACACCUGAUGGAAUAAGGUGAAUUAAUAACUUUAUACAUGAUUUUUGGUAGCAGAAUAAAAACAGUGAUGUUCUUGUCAGAAACUGGAUUUGUGGUGAUGGUUUUAAUGCUCUGCGUCUCGGGUAUUGAAUGCAAACCAAACAGCCUCUGUGCUUUAAAAGGUUCAUCAGUGAAUCUGAGCUGCUCAGCUCCACAUUCAGCUGCAAACAUGAAAUGGUACAGUUAUAUUGGAAAUGUUUUUCAAGAUGUUCCCACAGAUGGGAAUUCUUCAAAGUUCAGUAUUUCAGAAGACACUUUAACCCUGACAAUCAGAGAUCUAACAGAGAGUGAUGGAAAACUUUACUGCUGCAGUGAAACGACUGCAGACAAACCAAUCAGCUGUAAGAACAACAGCUUCAAUCUCCAUGUUACAGAUCUUCAGGUAAAGGUGUUUCCUGCCACAGAGGAACAGAAAGUAACCCUGAUGUGUAAAAGCAGCUGUCCUCUGACUGAAAGUCCUGCAGCCUUCAUCUGGUACCAGAACAGAGAGUUCCUCUAUGAGGACUGGUCCCACUGGUACCGAGAACUGGUCAGCAGUGAUCAGGCAGUCAGAUACUCCUGUGCCAUCAAAGGCUAUGAGGAUCUGAGAUCUCCUGAGGUCUCAGUGGAUUCUGUCUCUAGGAGCUGCUUCAGUGUGACCUACGCUGGAGGCAGAAUGUGUUCCUACAAGCAGACAGAGAAACAGUCCUGCUCCAUCACAUUUCCUACAGAAGUUCAUGUUGAAAGGACAGAAACAGUCAGGGGUCAUUUCAAGCUGAACUGUAGCUCCAGCUGUUCUCUGACUGACCUUCAAACUUCCUUUCAGUUGUAUAAAAAAACACAAACUGAUCUAAAUAAAGUUGAUCAAAACACUGUAGUUCCCAGCAGUACACUGGAGAGAUUCUUCUGUUCUGUGAAAGAUCUUAAUGAUCUGCUCUCUGAUGAAGUUUGUGCUGAUGGAAGCAACAGCUGCUGGACUAUUAAUUAUGUGAGCAGGAUAAUCUGUGCCCUGAAAGGUUCAUCAGUGAACAUCUCCAGCAAAUACUCACAUCCUGACUACCUGCAGCCACAGACUAAACACUGGUAUAAAGUUAAGAUGAAUACAACGCAGGAAGAAGAGCAGUUAAUGGAUGAUGGAAGUGACAUAAAGAACAAACACAUCCUGAGAUUAACCAACCUGGAUCAGAAAGAUUCAGGAGAAUACAAGCUGAGAAUAAAAGCAGACAAUGAUGAACUGAUGCAGUCUGAUUAUCAUGGAGUUACUCUGAUUGUAACAGAGCUCCAGGUGGAUCUGAGACCUGCUGCAGAGGUGACUGAGGGUCAGAGAGUCACAUUAACCUGCAGCACCAGCUGCCCUCUCAGGGAAAACACAAUCUACAUUUGGUACCUGAACAGUCUGAGUCUGAGCAAAGCACAAAACAAACAGCUCAUUAUAGAUGCAGUCAGCAUGCAGGAUGGAGGAAACUACUCCUGUGCUGUUGGAACCAUCAGAUCAGCUGGAAAGACUCUGAUUGUCCAAAGAAGAAAAGCAAACUGGAAACCAGCAGCUGCUGGAAUCUCUGCUGUUCUCGUGAUUCUGGCACCUCUUUGCAUUUUCUUGUAUAGCAGAAAAUGUAAGACUUCUCAGUCUUCUAGAAGUGAUUCUGUCAACAACAUGGACCAGAUAAAAAGUGAUCAUACAUAUGAAGAGAUUGCAGCUCAACCGGCAGAAAUGGAACUUCAUUACAGCCAGUUAGCAACUGAGAAAUUAAAUCCUCUUUACUGCAGCAUCCAACAUCACCAAAAACAGGAGCAUGUUCCGUAUUCCGAGGUCAAAAUUAGCACAAAUACAAAUUCAGAUUAAAUAUUAUAUUGAUAAUAAAAUCAACAACCAUCUGUCAACUGUUUUUUGUUUGUUUUUCACUUUUAAAAAUAUCAAAAGUUUGUUUCAGUGGAAAUCAGAGUUUUCUUGAUACUUCCCAUCCAAAUGUCAAAAGUUAAAAAAAUUAACCUGAAUAGUGAAAUUUAUUUAUUUUAUUUCUGCAAAUGCAAAGUUGCAAAGUGUUUUCUGUGUAAAUUUAAAUAAAACUUUUGGAUA